UGUGAUGAAUGAUGAACUGCAGCACUAAGUCGUGGUCCAGACACGUGUAGAGUCAAUUGGAGGAUAGAUGGGUCUUUAGCCAAGCAAAAAAUAAAUUUGUUUCUGGCAAAAGGUUUUUUUUUUGCUUCGUCGAAUAUUUCUUUAAAAGAGUAUCUCUGGCUGAAUAUUUUGCUCCAGAUACCAGAGCAGAAUGAUGAAGUAUAUCCUGGUAACUGGAGGAGUUAUCUCAGGCAUCGGGAAAGGCAUCAUUGCGAGCAGCGUGGGCACAAUUCUGAAGUCCUGCGGCCUGCAUGUGACUGCCAUCAAGAUCGACCCUUACAUCAACAUAGAUGCAGGCACAUUUUCACCCUAUGAGCACGGGGAAGUGUUCGUGCUGGACGACGGGGGCGAGGUGGACUUGGAUCUGGGGAACUACGAACGCUUCCUCGACAUCCGGCUGACCAGAGACAACAACCUGACCACCGGCAAGAUCUAUCAGUCGGUCAUCAACAAAGAGAGGAGGGGAGACUACCUGGGAAAGACUGUGCAGGUGGUGCCACACAUCACAGAUGCCAUCCAGGAAUGGGUUGUAAAACAGGCCAAAGUGCCGGUUGAUGACGACGAUGUAGAGCCUCAAGUUUGUGUAAUAGAGUUAGGAGGCACUGUUGGAGACAUAGAGAGUAUGCCUUUCAUCGAGGCCUUCAGGCAGUUCCAGUUUAAAGUGAAGAGAGAGAACUUCUGCAACAUUCACGUCAGUCUGAUACCACAGCCCAGCGCAACUGGAGAGCAAAAGACCAAACCAACACAGAACAGCGUCAGAGAGCUGAGAGGACUGGGCUUGUCCCCUGAUCUGAUCAUGUGUCGCUGUUCCACUGCUCUGGAGAACUCCGUCAAAGAGAAGAUCUCGAUGUUCUGCCAUGUAGAACCUGAACAGGUCAUCUGUGUGCACGACGUGUCGUCCAUCUACAGAGUACCGAUACUGCUGGAGCAGCAGGGCGUGGUGGGCUACCUCACCAAGAGGCUGAAUAUGCCCAUAGAGACUCGGCCCAGGAAAAUGCUGACUCAGUGGAAGGAGAUGUCGGACAGGUCGGACAGACUGCUAGAGCACUGCUCCAUCGCUCUAGUUGGGAAGUACACCAAGUUUUCCGACUCCUAUGCUUCUGUUAUCAAGGCGCUGGAGCACUCGGCGCUGGCCAUUAGCCAUAAACUGGAGGUCAUGUAUAUAGACUCGGCAAAUUUGGAGCCCAAUACGCUGCAGGAUGAACCGGUUAAAUACCACGAGGCCUGGCAGAAACUCUGCAGUGCUGAUGGCAUCCUGGUUCCUGGAGGUUUUGGUGUCAGAGGAACUGAAGGAAAGAUUCAUGCCAUCAACUGGGCCAGGAAACAGAAAAAACCCUUCCUAGGCGUGUGUCUCGGAAUGCAGUUGGCCGUAUGUGAAUUUGCCAGGAACACACUCGGCUGGACAGAUGCCAACUCAACUGAGUUUGAUCCAGAAUCAAAGCAUCCUGUGGUGAUCGACAUGCCAGAACACAACCCCGGGCAGAUGGGUGGAACUAUGAGACUAGGAAAGAGACGGACCAUUUUCAAGACGAACAACAGUGUAUUACGGAAACUUUAUGGAGAUGCAGAAUAUGUGGAUGAAAGGCACAGACAUCGCUUUGAGGUCAAUCCUGAGCUCAAGAGUCACUUUGAAGAGAAGGGCUUCCGCUUCGUAGGUCAAGACGUUGAAGGGGAAAGAAUGGAGGUCAUAGAGCUGGAUGAUCAUCCAUAUUUCGUCGGCGUGCAGUAUCACCCAGAGUUCACCUCUCGCCCCAUUAAGCCAUCACCCCCGUAUCUCGGUUUGCUGCUGGCUGCAGCCGGGAAGCUGCCGAGCUACUUACAGAAGGGCUGCCGUCUGUCUCCACGGGAUACAUACAGCGAUCAGAGCGGCAGCAGCAGUCCAGAGAUAUCGGAGUUGAAAUUACCUUCCAUCUCAAAUGAAUGACUUUGACGUACACAAGUUUUCAGAAGGAUGUUUCAUUUGCAACUUGAGUUAUUACCACCAAAUACAAUUUCAACUUGACCUAAAGAUGGGCAGAUACAAGAGUUGGGUUUUUUUCCAAUACAUUGUGACCGAUUUGUCAAAUGAAUACCAUGUGACUGACUCCACUGCUGCAUCAUUCAGUUCAGUUUUGCAACUAAGCACAUUAAUGAAAUAAAUGAGAUUAAUUAGGUAAGAUGGUGAUGGACAGCAGAAACACAAAUACUGGAACAUUUACACCAGAUCUGAAUUAAUAUCAUCUUCCAAUCACAUUGUGGAAACUGGGCUUAAGUAGAUUGUUUGUCAGUGCAAAUGUUUCUGGAGUUUUACUGUUGCAGCAUUCCUUGACACAGUAUUAGGGAAAUAAGUUGCAAGUCUGAACCCCAAUUACAAGAGGCAAACUGUUAAUUUGUCCCAUCUGGAAGGGCUGCUACUAGUUUGCAAGCCAACGCGUCAUCUUUUCCACUAUUUUAACUCCUUUUACAUCGUUACAUUAGUCAUUCAGCAGACGCUGUUAUCCAAAGCGACUUACAGGAAGUUGUGAGUCAUUGUUGACUUUAGUUUGUGGCACCUGGUGAGCAGCAGGUAGUUCUGGAAUACGUUACUGAAUACUUCAUGGCAUGUAGCGCCAAUCACACUAUUGUGGCCUUAUUUUAAAGGUUCAUGUGGCUAAAUGGAACUACAACCAUUAACUAUGAAUGCACAAUUGAAUAAAUAACA